CCCCUGGCAAAAAAGCAAAUUCUCCCUUCCGAAUGCUAGGACCCUCGAUCCACCUAGGUACCACUACCACGAGGACGCCGUGUCGAUCCGAACCUAGCACGCCUCGUGGUGUUCCACACACAGACACCCCGUACCAAGGCGGCGGGUCGGCUUUCUCGGACAUAACGACAGCGGGCUAGGCGGCACCUAAGAACUCCCGCACAUCUUAUCACCAACAAACAAAACGAAACUAGCAAACGGAAUUAGUCGACCCCUUGAAAUGCUCCAUCCAAGGCGAGCCGUAGCCGUAUUUAGGCGUAACGCAAGCCUCGUUAACUGGACAGGAAAGACGGGAUCGCCUUUGCAUCCUAGCCAUACAUACAUAUCGGUAACAAAGCUGCUUUUGUCCAUAGGCUUGGGGUAGAAGCCUUAUUUUUUUAUGUAGUCACUUCUAAGGGGGCUCUGGGCAAAGGACACUUGUUACCUACGCUCCAAGGCCCGAGACGAUGGAGUCAAGAGGCGUUCCGGACCCUCACGGUCAGACGGCGACCGGCAUCAACACGGAGAUCGGCAUCAACGGGUGGCUGAUUGGGUUCUCGACUAUAUUCUACGCGAUCAGGCUUUACGUUCGCAUAUCGAUCACGAAAUCCCCCGGCGUCGACGACGCGCUCGCGGGUAUUGCCUAUAUGUUGCUCGUCACGCAUUGUGGGAUGGAUAUUAAAGCUGAGUUCCUUGGUAGAGAAAUCCAAUUAGGCACCGCAUCGGAGGACGUCGUGGCUGCAUUCUUCGAGUCGUUGACGAUUCAGACACUGGUCUACUUUUGGACGGUUGCUCUAGUGAGGCUUGCAAUUCUUGCUUUUUUGCCUCGAAUCAUCCGAGAUAGGAAUAUUACCAUAAUUUCAUGGGUCGUGGCAUUAUUAAUCCUCGCUCAAACACUCGGCGCUUUUUUAUACAGACUCUUCGAGUGUGACUCAAUGCCGGAUAUCCUCAAGUCUCCGACUACGAAAGGACUUCAUUGUAUCGAUCCUAAUGUCCAUAACAGCAUGAUGGUGGGACACGCCAUAGUGGGCGUUGUUAUGGACGCCAUUCUCCUAAUACUACCUAUCUGGAUGAUAUGCGCCAACAUGCUGUGGUCGAAGAAGAUGAUUCAGAUUAUAUUGGUCUUUAGUGUUGGGUUGGCUGCGGUGGUUAUAGGGGUUGUGCGUGUGGUCAUAAUAUCGAAUCUGGACUUUUCUAAAGCUACAACGUAUAAUUUGCCCUCCCUAGGAAUUUGGACAAACCUCGAGAGCCAUAUCGGCUUAUGGUGCGGCUGCUUCCCUGCUUUACAAGCAAUCUUGCGGAUUAGGUUUUCGUCUAACGGAUUUAAUGUUGCCGGCACGAGCAGCAACAGUAAUCAGAACGGAAAAGUGACAGGAAAUACUGGAAUAAAUAAAGUAUACGGAAGAGACGGGGAGAGCUGUAGCGCGGUGGACGGUGAAAGCCAACGUGCGAUCGUAUUAUUAGAAAUGGAUAAAUUUAAGAUGACAACGCGAGAUGGAGAUACAUCUAUUGUAUGAGAUAUCUUUUAGUGUGUUGGAACUUUGCGGUCCAGGGGCGUAAGGGGAGGCAGAAAACAUUGCCGGCAUAAUAUUUUAUUUUUCUAUCCUUUUAAACAGAUAUUCCCUUUGUAAUAACCUCUAAGACCUGGGUGUCUGGGUUAACUUUCUACAGGUUAACUAUGAUCUUGGGAUUCUUUAAUAUAAGUUGCCGCACGGGUUUUAUCGUACCCGUUGUCGCACAUAGGGAGGGAAAGAGAGCUAAUCAAGUUCCACUAUGUAAUAUGUAAUAUAUAAGCUGAAUAAUGCACAGCUAUUAAAUACCUACC